ACAAAAGAGAAUGGUGUCCGCAAAAUCAGAAAAGUAAUAAACAAAUCCGAAUAUGUCCUCCCUAUAUCGUCUCCGCUCUGGUUAAAUAUACUCACCAUCACCCUUCAAUUACCUCACACCAACAUAUAUAUAAUCUCACUUGCUCUCACACACAACCACCGAUCCGAUGGCGAAUAUCAAGAGAUAUAUUGUUCAAGUUGAGCCGGCCAAGCCAUCGGAAGACGGCAAGCCGGCGAUGGGACCGGUUUACCGGAGCACCUUCGGCGUCGAGCCUCAUAUUCCUGGAAUGGAGAGCUGCUGGGACAUUUUUCGCAUGUCGGUGGAAAAGUAUCCUGAUAAUCCAAUGCUUGGUCACCGUGAGAUUGUGGACGGGAAGCAUGGAGAUUAUGUGUGGCUUACGUACAAACAAGUGUAUGACAUGGUGAUGAAAGUUGGGAAUGCCAUUCGCAGUUGUGGUGUUGAAAAGGGAGGAAGAUGCGGUAUAUAUGGUGCCAAUUCCGAGGGGUGGAUUAUUAGCAUGGAGGCUUGUAAUGCUCAGGGUUUAUACUGUGUUCCUUUGUAUGACACCUUAGGUGCCAGUGCUGUGGAAUUUGUCAUUUGCCAUGCUGAGGUUUCUAUUGUUUUUUCUGAAGAAAAAAAGAUUACUGAGGUGUUUAAAACAUUUCCGAAGACAGCAGAGUACGUAAAAACAAUUGUAAGCUUCGGAAAAGUUACUUCAGAACAAAGGGAAGAAGCUGCGAAGCUGGGUGUAGCAAUAUAUUCUUGGGAUGAAUUCUUAGUUUUGGGAGAUGGUAAACACUAUGAGCUACCUGUGAAAAAGAAGAGUGACAUAUGUACGAUAAUGUACACAAGUGGAACUACAGGUGAUCCUAAGGGUGUCUUAAUUUCCAACAACAGCAUUGUUACCAUUGUAGCUGCGGUGAAUCGCUUCCUACAGGGUGUGAAUGAACCCUUAACAGUAAAUGAUGUAUAUCUUUCGUAUCUUCCACUGGCUCAUAUAUUCGACCGGAUAAUAGAAGAGUGCUUUAUCAGUCACGGGGCACAAAUAGGAUUUUGGCGUGGGGAUGUCAAGCUGUUGGUCGAAGACAUUGGAGUGCUAAAGCCAACUGUCCUGUGUGCUGUUCCUCGAGUUUUAGAUAGAAUAUAUUCUGGUUUGACACAAAAGAUAUCUUCAGGCGGUUUCUUAAAGAAUAUCUUGUUUAAUGUUGCGUACUCAUACAAAUUACUCGGCAUGAAUAAUGGGCAUAAACAUGAAGAAGCAGCUCCACUUUUUGAUAAAUUUGUAUUUGAUAAGGUUAAGCAAGGCUUGGGAGGUAAAGUAAGGCUCAUUUUAUCUGGGGCAGCUCCUCUGGCAAAUCAUGUAGAAUCUUACCUGAAAGUGGUGACGUGCUCCCAUGUUCUUCAAGGAUAUGGCCUCACAGAAACGUGCGCAGGGUCAUUUGUGUCAAUACCAAAUGAGCAGACUAUGCUGGGUACAGUAGGCCCCCCAGUACCUAAUGUGGACGCACGUCUAGAAUCUGUGCCAGAAAUGGGUUAUGAUGCUCUUUCAAGCACUCCACGUGGAGAAAUAUGCAUAAGAGGGGAGACUUUGUUUUCAGGAUAUUACAAACGAGAAGACCUCACAAAAGAGGUCUUGGUUGAUGGAUGGUUCCAUACAGGGGAUAUUGGUGAGUGGCAACCAAAUGGAGCUAUGAAAAUAGUUGACCGCAAGAAGAACAUAUUCAAGCUUGCACAAGGAGAAUAUGUGGCAGUAGAAAAUUUAGAGAAUAUAUAUGGUCUUGUUGCUGCCAUUGACUCAAUAUGGGUAUAUGGGAAUAGCUUCGAGUCUUACCUUGUUGCUGUAGUGAACCCGAAUAUGCAAGCAAUUGAGAGUUGGUCUAAUGAAAAUGGUCUAUCUGGGGAUUUUCAUUCCCUUUGUCAAACUGAGAAGGUGAAAGAAUAUAUACUUGGAGAGCUAUCGAAGAUUGGAAAAGAGAAAAAGUUGAAAGGAUUUGAAAUCAUUAGGGCUGUUCACCUAGACCCUGUCCCAUUUGACAUGGAUCGCGACCUGAUCACUCCUACAUUUAAAAAGAAAAGGCCUCAGAUGCUUAAAUAUUAUCAGAAUAUCGUUGACAGUAUGUACAAGAAGAAGUAAUUUCUCUGCCCAGGGGCACAGUGUUAACAUCCCUUUAUUGCCUGCAGACUGUACAGAUCCUUCGCUUCUAUGUCCAGUAAUCAGACUAAAUCAGAAAUUGUACAAUUCAAUGUUGUACUUUUGCUUGAUAAUCAAUUAAUUCACUAAAAUUUGUUUCAAGAACUGCAGCAAAGAUGCAUAAAAACAAUAUGAGGUACUUUAUUAUUUUCUAAAUUUGCGGGUGCUAAGUUACCUGCAUGAUUGCAUGAUGUAUACAUGUGGCGAGUUAGAAUUUAUAUUCUACAGAGUAACAUGCAAAAUAGUUUGCUGGUGA